CGGGCAUGGGCUCCUCCUGGGUGGCCCCCACCAGGCGAGAGGAAGGCGCCGCGGCUGAGACUUUGUAGCCAUGCGGGGAGGACCCAGCCCCGGCCCCAGAGGCAACAUUGUCGCCGGGGAAGGUGUGAACAAUUCCCAAGCGCUGCCUUUCAAGCCCAGGAGACAGAGAGGGACAAAAAGAAGCAUUUGACCUUUCGGGGAGAAGGCGAGAUUGCCUCAAAGGGAGUCAUUUUGUCUUGCUUCCCAACGUGAGAAGCUGUAUAUUAUACACACAGAGACACACACACACACACACACACACACAUAUAUAUAUAUAUAUAAAACACACAUAUUUUGGGGGUAGAAGACAUUGUCCCACUUGCUCAGCGACAGCACAAAAGGAAACACACUUCUGGCGCCAUGAAGAAGUUUUUUGACUCUCGGAGGGAGCAGGGGGGCUCCGGCGCUGGUUCUGGGACCCUCGGAGGGAUUGGGACCAGUAGCGGACUGGGCAGCGGCUACAUUGGCCGGGUUUUCAACAUCGGGAGACAUCAGGUGACGGUGGAUGAGGUCUUGGCCGAAGGCGGUUUUGCGAUUGUGUUCCUGGUGAGGACCAGCAACGGAGUGAAAUGUGCCCUCAAACGAAUGUAUGUCAACAACGAACAUGAUCUACAAGUCUGUAAACGGGAGAUUCAGAUUAUGCGGGAUCUUGUGGGACACAAGAACAUCGUUGGGUACAUCGACUCCAGUAUAAACUCUGUGAGCAGCGGAGAUGUCUGGGAAGUCUUGAUCCUCAUGGAUUUCUGCCGAGGGGGGCAAGUAGUAAACCUGAUGAACCAGCGGUUGCAGACUGGGUUCAUGGAGAACGAAGUCCUGCAGAUCUUCUGCGACACCUGCGAAGCCGUGGCGAGGCUGCACCAGUGCAAAUCGCCAAUAGUCCACAGGGAUUUGAAGGUGGAGAAUAUCCUCUUGCACGACCGCGGCCAUUAUGUCCUGUGUGACUUUGGAAGUGCCACCAACAAGUUCCAAAACCCUCAGCUGGAAGGAGUAAAUGCAGUGGAAGAAGAGAUCAAAAAGUACACCACACUAUCGUACAGAGCGCCUGAGAUGGUCAACCUCUAUAGUGGGAAACUCAUCACCACGAAAGCAGAUAUCUGGGCCAUGGGCUGUUUGCUGUACAAACUCUGUUAUUUCACUUUGCCCUUUGGGGAGAGCCAGGUGGCCAUUUGCGACGGAAACUUCACCAUUCCUGACAACUCGCGUUACUCCCACGAGAUGCACUGCCUCAUACGGUAUAUGCUGGAACCAGACCCUGACAAGAGGCCUGAGAUUUACCAGGUUUCCCAUUUUGCAUUUAAGCUAUUGAAGAGGGAAUGUCCGGUCCAAAACGUACAGAAUUCUCCGAUCCCUGCCAAACUCCCAGAGCCAGUGAAAGCUAGUGAAGCUGCUGCUAAGAAGAGCCAGCCAAAAGCCAGGUUGACAGAUCCGAUUCCUACAACGGAAACUUCUAUCACCCCACGCCAAAGACCCAAAGCUGGGCAGACACAACCGAAUCCGGGAAUCUUGCCCAUUCAGCCGGCACUAACGCCCAGAAAGAGGCCCACGGUGCAAGCAAAUGUCCAGCCACAGGUGGCCGCUCCGGCAGCCCUGGCCGGCGGACAGCCCUCGCAUCCCGCAGGCAUCCCGCAGCCGAAAGCUAUGCCUCAGCCGACUCAGCCUCUGCCACAGGUCCAACCCAAGCAGGUGGCCACAGGACCACUGCCACCAGCCACUGCUUCUCAGCCACAGGUCCCCACGGCACCAGCCCAGGCCACGCCGCCUCCACAGCACCAGCUCUUCUUGAAACAGCAGCCGCCUCCGCAGCAGCCGUCUGCGCCACCCACUGCGUUUUAUCAGCCGCCUCAGCCACUGCAGGCUCAACAGGUGAUGCCUCAAGCACCUCAGCCGCAGGUGAAGCCACAGUUCCCGACAGCACAACCGGUGACACCCACAACACAACCACUGCAGCCUCCAGCGGUGCAGAAUUAUAUGCAGCAGCAACAGCAGCAGCAGCAAUUGUUGGCCCAACAGGCCGCUAUCCAGCAAAAAGCAGCAGCCGGGCAGCAAAAGCCUCCAGUUCAAAUGCUGCCACAGCCACAGGUUCAACAGACAGUGGUCCAGCCGGUCCCUAUGCAGGAGCAUCCACAAGCGCCUCCGCGGCAAAAGGACAAGCACCUCCCGGCCACCCCUCCAGCGGCUGUCCAGGGGCAGAAGGUGGGCUCCCUCACGCCUCCGUCCUCCCCGAAAACCCAGCGAGCCGGACAUAGGAGGAUCUUGAGUGACGUGACGCACAGCACCGUCUUUGGGGUCCCGGCCAGCAAAUCAACACAACUUCUGCAAGCGGCGGCGGCUGAAGCCAGCCUCAACAAAUCCAAGUCUGCCUCGACUACUCCCUCUGGGUCUCCAAGAACCUCGCAGCAAAAUGUUUAUAACCCUCCGGACGUCUCCACCUGGAACCCUUUUGAUGACGACAACUUCUCCAAACUCACAGCAGAAGAGCUGCUGAAUAAAGAUUUUGCAAAACUGAGUGACGGUAAACCUCCAGAGAAGCUUGGCAGUUCAGUGGAGAACCUUAUCCCAGGCUUUGCGUUGGCACCUUCCACAACACAGGCGGAUGCGUUUGGUUCAUCUCCUCUUGCACCUGUUUCAGCUGAAAAAACGAAAGAUAUCCUGGACUCUAGCCCUCCGCUGCUGGCUGUUCCUGAUCCUUUCAUUCCUCUUCCACUGUCAGAUACUCCAGAAAAACUGAUUGAGGGCCUCAAAUCUCCUGAGCCUGCACUUCUGCUCCCCGAUAUCCUGCCUCUUGCCGAUCCCUUCGGUAGCACCUCUGAUGCUGUGAAUGGAAAAGCGGACCUUACGGCUGAGAGUCUUAUUCCGGGCCUCGAGGCCCCUGGCCAGCAGCGCCUCUCCUCGCAAACAGACUCUGUGGCUUCAAACAGAGCAGACUCUCUCACUGGAGAGGACUCCCUGCUGGAUUGCUCUCUGCUUUCUAACCCUGCCGCUGACCUUCUGGACGAGUUUGCGCCUUUAGCCCUGCCGUCCCAAACUCACAAAGAAGAUACUAACCUGAUAUCGGGCUUUGAUGUCCCGGAGGGCCCUGAAAAAGUGGCAGAAGAUGAGUUUGACCCCAUCCCUGUGUUGAUAUCCAAAAAUUCACAAGGUCCGCCAGCAGAGCCAACCAUCUACUUUGUUGUAAACUCCGAGCAAAGUCAAGGAGGAUCCGCCGCCGACUGCUUCCUGUUGAACAAAGAGCCGCUUGAGACGCCGGACGGACACAGCCGACAUCGAAGCGAACCUGACUUCUUGUCGAGGGACGGUCCUUCAAGUAACAGCUCUUUCCACAGCAGCGAGGGAGAAGGGACCGACCACGAGGGAGACCUCUUGGAUUGCAGCGGAUCCAGGCCUCUGCUGAUGGACUCGGAAGAGGAGGAGGAAACCUGCAAGACAAACCCACAACGCCAAGAAAGGGACAGCGUCUCCCGAGAAGACUUGAACCCACAGCCACCUCCCAAGAGCGGGACGGAGCAAGGUCUGGUCAACGCUUUCCAUCAGCAGUCCAUGGAGGCUUUCAGCGAGACAGACGUCUUUGCGACGGCUCCUUUCCGGAGCUCCAAAACCUUCCAUGAGGAUUUAGACAUCUUCACCAAAGCACCCUUUGUCUCCAAGAGCCCUGUCUCUUCUAAGCUGCCGGAUGAGGGAGACGUCUUCCUCAGGGCUCCCUUCACAAAGAAGAAGAGCCAGGAAGAGCUCAUGUCCCACCAAGGUGCUAAGGGUACUCCGGCCGUACUGGGAGCCGGCCAGUAUGCAUUCAGUCCGACAUUCCAGACCCUGGAAGCGGGGACCCCAAACUGCCUUCUCUUGCAGGGCCAGUAUUCGGUAGCCUCUUUCGCUCAACAAUCCAACGUCCCCCAAAGUAGACCAAGUGACAAUCCAGAUAGCCUUCCUCCUAGAGAUGCUUCUGGAGACCUGGGCAGCAUUCCCAAUGAUGUCCUCCCCCAGGAUGUCCUCUUGGGCUCCAAGGCAGCCAAGCCCUUCCGUCCGCAGUCGCUAGCAAAAUACUCCCGCCAUUACGACCCAGAUGCUGGCCAGUGCGCCAGUGCGCAGCCCAUCGCAGCUUACAAAGUGGUGUCUCAGAGCAACAAGCAGGCCAUCGCUGGGUCCAUUCCCAUCACCUCCCUUUCUUCCAGGACUAAAGAGCUGCCCGGCUCUGACCCGUUUGCGUCGGCACCCUUUCCUUCCAAACUGGGGAAGCAGCAGAAGCCAUGAAUGGUUUCCACUGGGAACAAAGGGAUGCACGGGUUUUCAUAGGCUGCCUUGUAAAGGCCUGGCCAAGCCCCAUUACAACAGAAUACACUCCAUAUACUGUAUGUGUGUGUAUAUAUAUAUAUAUUCAAAUCUCCACUUGCUGUGACACUCAGUUGAAUCAUAUGAAGUUAUUGGUUUUGGGCCAUGGAAACAUUUUCAUGUUUUCCUUCCUUCUUUCACUUCUCCCCAACAUUUUGGGGUUAUUAUUUAAGCCAGUUAGAACUAAUUGCCUCUUGAUAUUAGCAUCCACUAAAGUUUAUAUAGGAGAUCAGUAAUGUGCCAGGAGGGGAAAACAUAAAUUAUAAAACAGAGGGAAGAAGAGUUAAUUUUUAAAGCCAGAGAGAAGCAGGGGAAGCGAACUAGGCAUCCCUUUUUGGCUGAUGCUAAUACAUCUAACUCUGGAACUGGCAGCUGCCAGUUUGAAACAGAAGUUUUCUUUUGCAAAGUGGAUUUUUUGCUUUUGUUUUGUAAUGCCUAGAAUUACUAUCUAUGUGGUUUUAAACCUCGUUUUAGGUGAAAAUUUAUGAUUGGAGCCCAAUCCACCAGGAUGGUCUGAGUUGCCAUGAAUGGAGAACUGUGUUUGGCCUGUAGCCUGUCACUUAUUCCCAACUAGAGCCAUUGAAUCAAUUGUGGAUUGGUCAAUAAUCAUUUGGGAUCUGCUUUAAUAGGAAGUAACAGUAGGGUUCAGGCCUAAGCACAGGAUCUCCUUGCUCAGAACCUGUGCAUUUCAAUGUGGUUUGCAUCAGAAAACUGCUAGAUCGGGUCUCCUGCUUCUUGCUAGGAGACCAGAAUGUCCUAAAGCUUUUCUCCCUCAAGACACUAAUGCAUUUGGGGCAAGCCCUGGCUAGGAAUCCAUUUUGUUUGCACCUUUGCGAUGCUGAUAGCGAAGGAAUCCGAGGACUUCUUGUUGGUUCUUUAGCAUGAUCAGAUCUGCUCCAAAGUCCUCAGACUUUUGGAAAUUGUUGGCAGGUUCCACUUGGUGGUCCUUUCCAACAAACUUUGCUUUUGUAAGCAGAGAAAAGUCAGGAUGGAUGCUUCAGGAAGGAAAAGUCAGGAAUACCGUGAGAUGUUUGGGAGAUGUUUUUUUUAAAGUGCUAGUAUUGUGCAAAAAUCUGUGAGCAUUUUUGAAACAUGACUUUGUGGAUCUGCCUUCCUGGCUUCUGGCUAGAAUUUGGGUGCGAUCGUCCUUUCAAAGACGACCGAGUCCCAUCCUAUAACGUGACAAUGCUUAAAAAGGCUCUUCUCGUCCAAAGGACACAUUCCUGUUUAUAUUACAGGAAUUUAAAACACAGGGAUUGCAAUAACUCUUACCCAGGAGUAGAAAUGGAAACGGUGGGACCUUUUCUUUACGAAAGACCCCAAAUGGCUCUGCGCCGAGGGAGCCGUCCCAAAUGCUCAGCACUUUACAAGAGCGAUGCGUCUCCUCUGCAUCCACUUGAGCUGUCCAAGGCUCUGUAAGCUAUAGCUUGGAAGUGCCUCUAAGCAUGUGCAAAAGGCCCUCCCUCCGUUCACGUUGCCAUCGCCAAUCUCCUCUUGGUUCUAGGAUCAAUACUUCCAAAAUAUUGGGAGCUCUGGUGAUCCACUCUUUUUUAUUUUGCAAAAGAAAGCACUGUAAUUCUUGAGAGAUGCUGGAGAGUCACCGAUGGGGAAAUCUCAGCCGAGGCGCAUCUCCUAACAGGACUCCAUCUACCUCUUCAUGUACGCAAAUGCUGGUCUAUGUCCAUUUCCCCCCGUUUUUGAAAUGUUUUAAGCCGUAAAGCCAUUUUUAUCUUUGCAUACAGCUGGCAUAGCCCUUCUAGGAAGGAGCAAAGAAUAGCCUGUUAUCCUUUAUAAUCAUUAUGAAGUUUUCAAAAUUGGGGCAGAAGAGGAAUCCCAGAAAGCAUGUGCUAUCUAGAAACAUUGGGACCUCCAUGCUUGAAACUGGAAGCUGAAUAAGCCAUCAUUGUGGCGUUCUGCUUUCUUUAGGGAUGCUAGAUGAUGGCUUAUCUGUUGCGUUUUAAAAAUGGAUUGUUGUGGGUUCUUUGACAAAUUAAAUCAGGAAGUCUCUCCUUUAAGAAACAGCAGGAUGUUCCUUUCCUGUCUUUGAAGAAUUGCUUUGAAAUGGGUGAAACUGGGAACAGAAACCUGACCCCCCCAAAGUAUCCUGUUUGAGAAAUGGAUGAACAUGCAAAACAAUCUCUGCAGUAUUACUGCUUCCAGAGUGAAAUUCAGAGCUGCAAUAUGGAUUGAACUCAAUGGUUGGCCGCAGGCUGCCAUGUUGGGACAGUUUUGGUGCCUCUGUCUCUCGUGAAUAGGAUCCGUUCCAUAGGAAUGGCACAGAGAAUAGAGGCUCCGUUGGUUCUGAAGUCGGUGGGACAUUUUUGCUCUUAAUACAUAGGUUCUCCAAGUCUAAUUCACGACGCUGUUACAAUCAGUAAGGAAACUGGCACUGCCAGGAGUUGGGCACUUCUGAACUGUUACGAAAUGUUGGACAUUACUCCGCAAAGCUGAAUAUUCCUUUUUUGUUAAUGAGUGCAUUUUGUGAGUAUUGUAGUAAUUGCCUUCUUGUGUUGGGGAUGAUGUCCAUAUGCAGAGCAUCCUUGAGGGCAGGAAGGUACCAAGCCACCAUCCCAAGCUCAAGAAAUGCUUUUAAUGGACUCCGUGGAAGAAGGAAUCACUCCAUUCACUUCAGUGUUUGAAACUGAAAGGAGAGAGAGAGAGAAACUCCCUGGAAAAACAUGGCAUGUGUAUCCCAUAUAUAUAUAUAUAUAAUGUUUUCUCAUGUUCCCAGAAAUAUGGGAUUAGGACAAGAAGCAAGUAAGGAUAGCACUAAAACUGAAAGAAAGUCUACUUUAUUAUUGUGGUCAUUACUGUCUGACAAAAGGAAAAGAUUCAUUCCCUUUCUUUUUUAUCGGUAGCAGAUUUAGACAAUCUUAAGAAAUGGUUCAAUGUCUUCGGUAAUAAUGAAUGGAUGUUUAAAUGAAAUUUCCAAUCAGGCAGCUCUUCCUAAAGAUCUCUGCGCAUAGCAGCCACUUGUGGCCAAUAUAUGGUUUCCAUUGGUAUUUCUGUAGGAACUAUUCAAGCCCCGCUUUUGGUGGAUGGAUGCUGCCUUCUCCCAACAGAAGGCAUUGCAUUUAAUGGAGGGUAUGAGAUUACGGGAUGAUUUUGUGGUUGAAACAGAUGCAGUAUUGAAUCUGUGAAUACGUUUAACACUCCUGUGCUUUUCUUAACAAUAGCAGUGUUGCUUCGUCCACGAAGGCCAGCAGUUUCCAUGGGGUUGAAAGAGCAGACUCCUUAAAAUGACCUUAUUAAUCCUAUUAUUAUAUUAUUAUUACUUUAAACAUUGCACUACUCUUGUGCAGAUCCUACCAUCCUCCCUAAGCUUUGCAUUGCACCCAGUUUCAUUGAUGUAUAUUUAUCUAACGGACCAAGAUCCCGAUGGGUUUCCAUGCCUUUUGCUCCAGUACAGUUAGUAGGAAAGGAUGCCUUCAAACCUCAAUGAGGAAACUUGGUAGUUACACCUUAUAGUUAACAUUUGCUCAGUGCAGGAGAGGCAGUUGUACGCCUUCAGAACAUCAGUUUCUCAAAUGAUUUUAGAAAUGAACCUCCGCUCCCAAAUACUUUCUGUCUUUCCAUGGAGACCUCUCACCCUCCGACUUGCCUCCCAUUCUUCCCAGUAACAAUUUUGUCUGUAGUCACUGGUUUAUAUACAAUGCUGCGUGAAUAUUAAUCCUUUUAUUUUAAUGGGAUCCUAGGCAGAUUUACGCAAAUUCAAUACUCACCAAAGAACUGGAUGAUCUUUUCCUUCUU